UCUCCUUCUACAUAUUUUUUUCAUUUUUCUUUCUCUACCUUGUUAAUUGUCUUAAUAUCAACAUCUCAGUUUGUUCAUCAAACACGAAUAUUUGAAUUCUUACUAUAAUUCCAAUAAGAACACAUAAUGGUUCUCCAAAAAUCAUCCUCAUCAUCGUCAUCAUCAAUGGUGUUUAAAGUGAGGAGGAACCCAGCGGAACUAGUGGCACCUGCUGGACCCACCCCCAAUGAGCUUAAGCUUCUCUCCGACAUUGAUGACCAACAAAAUCUACGCGCCCACUAUUCAGUGGUUCAGUUCUUUCCUUAUCAACCUUCAAUGGCAGGGAAAGACCCUGUCCAUGUCAUCAGGGAAGCGUUGUCCAAAGCACUUGUGUUCUAUUAUCCACUUGCCGGAAGGCUUAGGGAAGGCCCUAGGGGAAAACUUGUGGUGGAUUGCACUUCCGAAGGUGUACUGUUCAUCCAAGCUGAUGCCGAUGUUACACUUGACCAUUUUGGUGUUGACCCUCUGCCUCCAUUUCCUUGCUUUGAUGAGCUCCUCUUGGAUGUUCCAUUUUCUGAUGAUGGAAUGAUAAACUCUCCGCUGCUGCUUAUUCAGGUAACACGUCUCAAAUGCGGUGGUUUCAUCUUUGCUAUACGUGUGAACCACACACUGUGUGAUGGAUGUGGAAUUGGUCAAUUCAUAAAGGCCAUAGCAGAAAUCUCCCAAGGUGCAUCAAACCCUUCAAUUCUCCCAGUGUGGUGUAGGGAGCUUCUUUGUGCCAGAGACCCACCAAGAGUCACAUUCAUCCACCAUGAAUACAAACAAGUACCAAUUGACAAUGAUGAUAAAACUGUCUUCUUAAAACCCUCCCAAGUUUCCUUCUUCUUUGGUCCCAAAGAGAUUGAUGCAUUGCGGUGCCUCCUCCCUCGUCACCUUGCUCAAUCGUCGACUACAUUCGAUAUCCUCACUGCAUGCUUGUGGCGUUGUCGUACAGCUGCACUACAAUGGAACCCUAAUAAGAAGGUUCGAUUGAUGUACGCUAUCAACGCCCGUUUUGAAUCUUGCAGGUUUAAUCCUCCACUUCCUCAAGGUUAUUAUGGGAACGCUUUUGUGUUUCCUGCAGCAGUUUGCAGUGUUGGGAUGCUAUGCCAGCAGCCCUUGAGCUAUGCGUUGGAGUUGGUGAAGGAGUCAAAGAAAAAAGCAACAGAGGAAUAUGUGCACUCUGUUGCGGAUCUAAUGGCCAUUAAAGGAAGACCUGACGUUAUUGUAGAAGGGUCUUUGUUAGUGUCAGAUAUCACAAAAUGUGGAUUUAGAGAAGUGGAUUUCGGAUGGGGUAAGGCUUUGUAUUCCGGGCUAGCCGACACUGGUGGUCCAGAGGACAUUCCCGGUGUCAGCUACUUUGUUCCACAUACUAACUCUAAAGGAGAACAUGGUAGGGUGCUUUUAAUUUGCCUCCCAGAAGAAGCCAUCAAAAGGUUUGAGCAAGAGCUUAAUAGAAUACUUCAGAGUUCAGAUCAAGGAUACUAAAUGAAAAUGUGAUAAGAAGGUGCUAAGGCACAGCAGAUUUUAUAGUUUAUAAUUUGUAGUUAAUAAUUAGUUAUUAUUAGUGUUUUUAA